GGGGCGGCGGCGGGCGGCGGGCGGCGGGCGGGCCGCGGCAUGGAGCGCUGGGCCGGGGCCGGCUGGGGCUCCCUGUGGGGGGCCGGCUGGGGCCGCUGGCCGGCCUGGGAGCUGCUGGCCGCCUGCGCCGUCAUCGGCGCCGUGGGCUGGCUGCUGCGGCUGCUGGACAGGAGGCCGCGAGGCCGCCGGGCCCCGCUCGGCCCCACCGCGCCGCCCGCCGAGGGGAGCCGGCGCCGCGGCGGGAGCCGCCCAGGUGAAAUAACAAUGGAUGCAAUAUUAUCCCGACUGAAGCAGCUCAACCCUGAUGAGCUUAGAGAAGAAGUCGUAAGAGCAGGACUCAAGUGUGGGCCCAUUACUGCGACUACUAGGUUUAUUUUUGAAAAAAAAUUGGCUCAGUUUUUGUUGGAGCAGCAAGGAGCAUCGGAAGAAAAAGGAUCAGGUUGGUCAGAGACUGCUGCUGGAAAUGUCCCAUCUGACAGCAGCCAGGCAGAAUCUCAGAAGGCUUUGAAAAAUGCAGUGCUGAAUCACAACCAUGAGGGAAACGUUCCCGAAGAGGCAGACUUUGGGUACUGUGUGGGUCUGAACCCUCCAGAAGAAGAAGCUGUGAUGCACAUGAACUGUUCGGCUCCAGUCUGUGGAGCAGGAUAUGCUGAUUCACAGAUGAGUGCUCAGAUGCCAUCCAGUGAUCCUCCGCUCUACUAUGGUGUUUGUCCUGUUUAUGAUGACAUAUUGGCAAGAAACGAGAGAAUACAUGUUUAUGAAGAUAAAAAAGAAGCUCUCCAAGCUGUUAAGAUGAUUAAGGGUUCCCGUUUUAAAGCUUUUUCAAACAGAGAAGAUGCUGAGAAAUUUGCUAAAGGAAUUUGUGAUUACUUUCCAUCUCCAAGCAAGUCCUCCUUAACUUUGUCUCCAAUGAAAACAGGAUCAUUUAACAGAGAUGGCUUAUGCUCCCCUGAGAUGGAAACUGCUAAUAAAGAAAGGGCCAACAGUUAUAAAAGUCCACGUACUCAGGAUCUUACUGCUAAACUUCGGAAAGCUGUUGAGAAAGGAGAUAUAUCAACGUUUUCAGAACUUAUUUGGAGCAACCCUCGCUAUCUGAUUGGAUCCGGAGACAAUCCAACGGUUGUGCAGGAAGGGUGCAGGUACAAUGUCAUGCAUGUUGCUGCCAAAGAGAAUCAACCUGGUAUCUGCCAGUUAUUACUGGACACUUUGGAAAAUCCCGAAUUUAUGCGGCUUAUGUAUCCAGAUGAUGAUAGUACAAUGUUAAAGAAUCGCAUCCGAUAUAUUGUUGACCUUUACCUUAAUACACCAGAUAAAAUGGGAUUUGAUACUCCAUUGCAUUUUGCCUGCAAGUUUGGGAAUUUGGAUGUUGUUAAUGUGCUUACCUCACACCCAGCUAUUGUAAAAAAUCCAAGGAACAAAUACGAUCAAACUCCAGCAGAAGUAGUGUGUGAGAGAAGCAAGAAUAAAUCUGCAGAAUUGAAAGAAAAACUAAGAGAGUAUUUGAAAGGUCGAUACUAUGUACCACUGCUGAGAGCAGAAGACAAUUCCUCAGCUCCUGUAAUUGGUGCACCCUGGUCACCGGAUCAGACAGACGAGAUCCCCCAGACACCUUUAUCUAAAUACCCUGGCAGCCCCAAAGAUCCAGUGUUGUCUAUAAGAGCUUUUGCAGGCCCCAUGAGCCCCUCAAAGGCUGAAGAAUUUCGCAGGCUGUGGAAGACUCCACCCCGAGAGAAAGCUGGCUUCUUUCACAAUGUCAGGAAAUCUGAUCUGGAAAGAGGUGUUGAAAGAGUUGGAAGGGAGUUAGCUCAUGAACUGGGGUUCCCGUGGGUUGAAUACUGGGAAUUUCUGGGCUGUUUUGUUGAUCUGUCUUCCCAGGAGGGGUUGCGAAAAUUAGAAGAGUACCUGAGUCAUCGGGAAAUGAGCGAAAAGGCUCAGCAAGAGACAGGGGAAAAUGAAACCUGCAAUAGAUUUAAAACUCCACAUCCUUCUGGCAAGAGCAAAAAGUGCUGCAAUUCUAUUUCUGUUGGAGCAUUUUUGGAUGAGGAUGAUGAUGACAUGAGCUUAGAAGAAAUUAAAAACAGACAAAACGCAGCACGGAAUAACAGCCCACCUAUUGUGUCCAAAGAACCUAGCAUCGAUGCUAUUGGAGACUCUGAGUGUGAUAUCUUGUCGCUGGAGCGUACAGUAAACAUCAUAGAAACAUCGGAUCACCCCAGGCACUAUGAAAAGGUGGCUUCUUCCAGCAAAAAUGGAUUUUGUAAUCCUGUGGCCAGUGAAAGGAUAAUUAAUGACAGAAAGCACUUGCGUGAUGGAGAAGAAUGUCGCGUAUUGCCCAUUUGCAGUAUGAUGUCAGAAUUUGAAAGCCUGACCUUCCGAGAACAAGAGGGCGCAGGAGAAUCAAGUAAAAUCAGUGAAAAAACUGUGAAUGAGAGAAUUCUGGCUCAAAGAAUAAGUCAGGGUAGAAUAGCCAAGGACCAUCUGGAUAAGACCUGCUAUGCGGUUGCACUGGCAAGUUCUUCUGAGGCAAGUGCUACAGGUAAACCCGGAGAGGCCAAGUUAAGGACAGAGCACAAAAUACCAUCAGAAAAGGAGCGAUUGGCCAUGGAAUCUGGAAUUCAGACUAAUAAGGCACAAAUAUGUCAAGAGCCUCCUUCCCACAAAUUUCUGUUGAAGACUUCACCCACAAAUAAGAAAUUAUUUCUGCUUGGGGAACAGCCCUCGAAGCUGGACAGUGAUGUCUUAGCAGCUAUAGAAGCAGAACAGAUUGAUCCACAGAAGUACCCCCUUAUUUACAAAUGGAAACAUGCGGUGCAGUCGUACUCAUCAUCUGACAGGCAAAGUUGGCCAAGUCCGGCACUGAAGGGAAGAUUCAAGUCCCAAAGCACUGCUGCUGGCCCACCAAAUGCUUCAGUGUAUUCUAGUCCAGGAAGAAACAGUCCUGUGACGGGAAGUCCAGGGAAAUAUGGCAAUGCUGCCUCAUUCUCUCCAGACCCUGGGAGCCCUGGGCGCUACAGUCCAGCUUGUAUCAACCAUGCGCUGUUAAAACUGCGUUAUUUUUCAGAGCCUCCUACUCACUAAACUAUGAUUUAUUUUCCUGGAACUUUAAUUAUAUUUUCAUUGUUAGAGUGGAGGAAAAAAUUACAAUGUUACUAAAGUGACAUGAGGUUUGCACUUGGCUAUUUAUUUUUCCUCAAUUGAGGACAAAUCUAUGUUGCAAAAAUUGAAUAUAUGUCUUUAUGCCAUAUAUGAGAUGAUAGAUUACUGGUGAUAUGCAAGAAGUUAGUGACAGUCAGUGCAGUUGUCCAGUAGCUAUGAAUUAACCCUUGUUGCCAGUAGAGCAGUGAGCUGAACCUUUACUUAGAAAUGGUGGUAUUUUACUAUCACCAGCUGUCAUCACAAAUAACUCAUUAGCCCUCAACUACAUUUCUUUGCCUGGAUAGUCUGAAGGAAGCACAUCAGCAGCAAAGUCUUACCAGAAAUCUUAUUAGAAGUAAUGGAUGGCAAGCUGUAAAAUGUUCUUCCACUUGCAGGGGAACAUGGCAAUUGAAAAGCCUAAGGCAGAGCCUCAGUAACAACCACCUUUCAGUGAUGGGUAUGAGUGUGAUACCCUUGUGCAUAAUCAGCCAGCAGGUUGAUCUAGAUAGUUGAAUACACACACACACACGCAUAUAUGCACACAUAUAUAUGUAUGCAUGUAUUUACACAGAAAACCUCAAGUUUUACCUGAUCUGAGGCUGUUACAAACACCAUGAUACUAAUGAGUGUUUUAGUAAAGGAGCACUGUAGAAAUUACUGGUAUUCUGCUAAAGGUUAGUUUUAAGUUUAAAAAAUAAAAUUAGUUUGUUUUUCCCCACGAAAGCUUUCAACAUUAGCAGAUGUUAAUAGUUAUUACAGAAAAGCACAUCAGCAAUAAUUUCAGCAAGUUUACCAGCAACAUACCUUAAUGGUCUAGUUUGUAAUAUAUUAAAGUGGUAUGCAGUGGCCUGUGAUACAGCUACUUAUUUCCCAACUGUUAAGAGAUGAGUAAGGACUAUAACUAUUUUCACUGAAAUCUACACUUUCACUAUGCCUCUAGCCUGGAUGUGGUAAUGAUCUUUUAUUACAGGAGUCAAAAAUUGUAUUCUUUCUUUAGCCUUCCGUGAAAGUGACUUAUUUUGACAGCACAAUGCUGAGACUGAAGACUGCUUUUUCAAAAACUCAAGACAGUUUAAUGUUUGUAAUGUUGCUUGAAAGAAAGCUUCCAGAAAGAGGUCUCUAGUACUGCUGUUUUAAAUAAAUACAUUUAAAAAGGAAACAGAAAAAAAAAAAAGGCAAACUAUCUUAUAUUUCCAACACAAAAUUGAUUAGAAAAAUAAUUAAAACCUUAAAAGGCUGUGCAAUUAAAAUAAAAAAAAAAAAGGUGGAUUAGGAUUCAUGGAUGGCACAUGGAAUGUGAGUAGAUAGCCUUCUGGGACUUUUGUAACCUAAAUGUAUGGCUAAAGAAACACUAAUGGUAGGCAGGCUGUUACCACUUACUUAGUACUGGUCCCUUCACCACCUGUAGCUCUCACCGGUACAGAGCCUGGCUUUACAAAUACAAACCUUAACAGGAUUGAUGGCUAUUGCUCACUAGUGACUGUUUCAUACACACUUAAAUGGCUUCAUUAUUUGGUAUAAACCUGAAAACUGCACUUAAUGCUUUUGCAAGCUCAAUAGUGCCUUUUGUAACAUACCUUUUUAAUUAAACUUUUGUUCUUUUAAAGCUUAAAAAAGUGGCACCCGCUUGCAGUGGGCCACACAAAGUUUUUCUUCUGGGAUUUCUGGAAUGGAACGUAUUUUAACUUCUCUUUCUAAGUUUAUUUGGUGCAACAGCUCUGCACUGUGGAAGAACAUUCCUAUUUUAGAAAUUAAUUAUUUUUUAAAAAUAAACACUUAAUUAGAUCUUUCUUUAUAAUUCUUUUUCCAAUAAUCUGAACAUUAGGAAAAACAUUUUACUCAAAUGACUGUCAUUCAGAGAUAUUCCAGACAACAAACUUGGGGUGGGUGUCAUUCUUUAGCAGACAUUUAAACAACUAACCGACUAUGUUACCAAGUAUAUUAACUUGACUUUUUCGUAUUUUUUUCAGUUGUUUGAUGCAGCAGUCUCUGUGGUCUCAAACUACUGUUGGAAGGCUCAAAAUUCCUACAGUUUUAAUUAAAAAGGUUUGGGGGGGAAGGUCAGUAAUUCAAUGUAAAUUAUGUCUUUGUCAUUCUUGAGAAAUUAUUCAAAUGAUAAAGGGAAGUAAUUGCAUGAUAUCAAGGUAAAGACAAAGUCAUAGGGAAAGUUGCUAAGCAGAUAUCUGGCCAUUCUUAAUUUGUCAUAUGGCAACGCUGCACUUUUGAUAAGGGUUUAUCAGAGCCAGGAGACUGAUACUAACACAGUAGUAUUUUUUCCUUUUUAUGCUUUGCUUUCUCUUUUUUUUUUUUAAUAUUUAAAUGUAUAUUACUGUUAUGUAUGUGUAUACACACACACGAAAACACACUAAGACACUUCCCUACCCUACCACCACCGUACCCUGCCUUCCACUUUGUAAUUUUGUUUUGGUUCAGUCAAGAGAAUAUUUUUUUAUUUGUUACAUAAUUUGCAUUACUCCAGUUGUACUGCAUUUUACAAGGGAAUUUUUCUAACAAUGUAUUUUCUUCGUCUGUUUAAAAUAGGAGCAAUUUAUGUAGCGAUUGAUCAGUCACCAUUGUGAAGUAAAGCUCUUCCACACAGAGCCUGUGGAGACACUAUAUCAGAUUGGAAUUGCUUCAGUUUACUUUUAAAGGUGCAAGAGAUCAGGGUUUUUUUUUGUUGUUCUUUUUAAAUUAGCCAAGUGUCAUGUUAAAAACAAACACAGAGUUACCCAGCUUUCUAUUCAAAAAUAAAUGAGUGCUAAAAGUGUCACAAUGUAUUUGCUUAAUGGGGCAUAGUGGUAAGUAGGUGGGGUUGAUACCAUGACACGGUUAAAUUGCUCAUUACUCACGUCCUUUGUAUAUGUGCGCACAAUGAGGUUUGAUUAUUAAGCCACUACUUAAGUACUUUCAUAAUCUUUAAGAGAAAAGAAGUCUGCAUACAAUAAAAAUUAUCUUCAUACUA